AUGUCAGGUAAUAGAGAAGCUGUAUUUCCAACCCGUAUGACUCUGGGUCUGAUGAAAACUAAAUUAAAAGGUGCUAAUCAGGGACAUUCAUUAUUGAAACGUAAAUCAGAGGCACUUACGAAAAGAUUCCGUGAUAUUACAAAGCGAAUUGAUGAUGCAAAGCAAAAGAUGGGUCGUGUGAUGCAAACAGCUGCCUUUUCAUUAGCUGAAGUAACGUAUGCAACCGGUGAAAAUAUUGGUUAUCAGGUCCAAGAAAGUGUUUCUAACGCAAGGUUCAAAAUCAGGGCACGCCAGGAGAACGUUAGUGGUGUUUAUCUCCCACAAUUUGAGUCAUACAUUGAUCCUGAAAUAAAUGACUUUAAAUUGACAGGUUUGGGAAGAGGUGGUCAGCAGGUUCAAAGAGCCAAAGAAAUUUACUCAAAAGCUGUUGAGACAUUAGUGGAACUAGCAUCUUUGCAGACUGCUUUUCUCAUAUUAGAUGAUGUGAUUAAGGUCACAAAUAGAAGAGUGAAUGCUAUUGAGCAUGUGAUCAUACCAAGAACAGAAAAUACCAUUGCAUACAUUAACAGUGAACUUGAUGAAUUGGAUAGGGAGGAGUUUUAUAGGUUAAAGAAGGUUCAAGAAAAGAAACAGAGAGAUACUGCUAGGUUGGAUGAAGAGAUGAAGUUAACUAGGUUAGAGAAUGAGAAUGAACUCGUAUUAUCGACAGAUGAUAAUGCCGUGCAAGUCCCUGAAGAGGUGCCAAAUCUUGUGCAAGAAAAUGAGGAUGAUGUUAUCUUUUGA